AUGGCUCCUAUCAAUGUCAUGCAUACUUCUACAAGCACAAAUUACGAUCAAUCACUCCCACUCCAAUCAGCUUCCUUCGAGCUCAAAUGUGAGCGAAGCGCCCACCUAGUCGACAUCAUUUCCAAGGACGAGAAUCUGCGUAAAAUGCGCUUCGACAUGCAUAAGCUCGAAGACGAAAAUGAGGAAUUGCGCGAACUCUUGACCAUCGAGGAGGAUCGCUCAGAGGAGCUAGAAAAGGUUGUUAGGGACAAUCUCACUCGCGCCGAAGACGCAGAAGCCCACGCUGUCGAUCUGCAAACCGACCUUCAAGCUGUUGAGCAGGAGCUCUCCAUACUCAGGGCGGAAGCGAAUGCUCUACGAAAUGUCACGACCGACUCCGAAAACUUACUCACAGAGAAGCUCGACUUGGCCCGUCAACUGUCCACACUUAAGCCUGAACUCGACCAUCUUCGCGCCCAAGUAGAAUCAAACCAGGAUCUCCUCUCGGAAAAGCUCGCCCUCCAACGGCAAGUCAGCGAAAUUCAAGUCGAACUAGACCACGCCAGAUCAGAAGCUAAGCGCGCAAUCGCAAAACGACGCAACACUCAACACGAUCUGAACCAGCAGGAUGAAAUAGAUGAUCUGCGCAAGGCUUUGACACGCGAAAAGCGAUUGAGAGAAAAGGCUCAAGAAGACUUGGAAGCUGCUCAGGCCGAGUUGGAACGUGAGAAGGAGAAUGCUCAGCGCAAGAACACUACCGAGGCUGCAAAGGCAGAGGAAUCUGCCAGUGUACAGGUCGAAACUGAAGAGUUGCGUCGCCAACUGGCAAAGGAGCGCAAAGAGCGUGAACGAACCGAAAAGACACAUCAGAAGACUCAAUCGGACUGGGACGCUACAAAGUCCAUCCUUGACGACAAGCUCAAUCAAUUCCGCUUGAAACUGAAGUCAACCAAGGAGAGACUGAAGGAGAUGGAAACACAACUCGAGGAAGCUCAAAGGUCUGCUGCAGCCGAUGCAAGAUCUGCACCUGUUGCAACCGAAAAGGCCACGAAACCUACAAAGAAGAGAAGCGCUGCACAGAUGGAUCCGGAUUCGCAAAAGCUAGGAACACCAGGCGCCAAACCUACCAAGAAGGGCCGCAAAGCCGCUGCAGUGGGAGACAAGUCCACCUUUUCUAUCACACCAUUCCUGAAUCGCACAAUGAGCGUGGCACCCGAGAGCCCUGAACAAGCAGAGGAAGCACAAGUCGAGGCAGCCGCCCAAGAAUCAGACAUUGAAGUCGAGGCCGACUCACCGACCGCAGCCACCGUCCGACCAACAAUCGAAACAGCCCCCAAGCCUCUAGCUACCGUCCCAGCCAGCAAGAGCAACAUCAAAAAGGCCAAACCAGCAGCCGAACCCAAACCCAAGAAACAGACAAAGAAGCAAGCCCUCGAACAAGUUAUCGAAGAAGUCGAACCCACAUCACAAGAAGAAACCGCAACAACCACAAAAGUUCCUACCUUCAAAGCCAAGAAGUCCGACGGCGAAACAAAACCAAAGCCCAAACAACGCAAAUCCCUCGCCACUUUUGCCGCCUUUACGCAUGAACCAGAGCCAGAGAAGAAGCAGAAGAAACGUAAACUUGGUGGCUUGGGCAAGACGCUCUUCGACGACGAGGAUGAUGCGCCUAGUAAGCCAUUACCGGGUCGUGGAGGCGGUCUGUUUGGAGCAACUCGUUUAGGUCCUCUUGCGGGUGGUGGUGUGAGAGGAAGCUUUAUCGGUGGUAUGGGAAAGAAGAAGUCGGGGCUUCUUGUGGCAGAUGAUGGGUUCAUGUUUUCACCUCUUAAGAAGGAGAAGAAGGCAAUGGCUAGUUUCAUUCAGUGAGAGACGUUAUGCAGGAUUCCGAGUUUGGGAAUGGGGUUUGUGAUUUUGGCAUUUUGGCGUUUUCUGCUUCUCAUGAUACCUCUGUUGUUGUUUUACUUUUCUUGUUAGGUAU